AUGGCCGUUCAGUUGUCACAGUCCCUGGCGUUCUCACUCAUCACGGCCAUUACGGAAGCGUCACUCGUCAAUGGCAUUACUCCAUUCAGCCAGACAGAGGUUCUGGUGUCCGAUAUCAACCUAGGGGUGGUUUACAAAGUCAAUGCUGCCACGGGUGCGUCUAAAAUCGUUCUCUCAGGCCCGGACUUUGCGGGUAUCAACGGCAUUCAUGUGCAAAACAGCUUCUUAUUCUACGCGAGCACAUCGAACGAGACAUUCUUCCGCGUUCUAAUUGACGACAAUGCCACCGCUACAGGUGCAGCUGAAGCCAUCGCUGCAGGAGUUCCCAUGGAUGACUGUGCUCUUAUGCCCCAUAGCACCGCUUAUAUUGUGACUAUAUGUCUCAAUCAAGUCGUUCGAGUUGAUCCCGAUGGCCGUAUUUCUACACUUACUGGUGCUGUUGGUAGUUUGGAUGUUGCAGGUGGUACCUCUGCGCGAUUUGGUUCAUCGAGGAACGAUAGACUGGUACUGUACGUUACCACAAAUGGUGGAACACCCACGCCAGUUAACGGCACGGUUACGGAACCGGCCAAGAUCGUAGCAGUGAAGAUAAAGAGCUAG